AUGAGGAAAGGCGCUCUCGCUCUCUACCUCCUCCUCCUACUCACCUUUGCUUCCAUGGCGGAGGAGGAUGCAGCUCAUCAUCGUCUGAGGCCUCAUCAACAUGAAACCCAAGGGGAGAGGAUGCAAACUGCCAGGAAGGUUGGGCGCAUGGCAGGUGGCUCUGGAGAAGGCAGCGGUAGGAACACUGGUGGUGGCGCCGCAGACACAGGGCCGCGCCGCACCAAGAACGGCGGCACUGUGGCCUCUGCUUUGGCGCUGGUUUUCACAGCUACCGCCCUUCUCUCCACGCUCAGCUUCUGA